UCUCUUCUUUCGCCUUUCGUUUUCCGUCUUUCGUCUUUCUUUCUCAUCCACUCACCAACCUCCUUGUCUUCUUUCCCUCACUCCUUCUCUUCUUCCCCGCUUGAAAGCACCUUUCUUCUACUUUACCCCGCUUUCGAAAAAAAGACGCAACUUGGACGCCUUUAAUGAUAUAAGAUCUAAGCGGCCUUUUUUUCUCUUCUUUAUAUCCGCACUCUUCUGUCUUCUUCAUUACAAAGGAAGCAAGCCCGCAAAGGACCGACUCUUCAAGGAACCACCUCUGGAAUAUCAUACAACGAGGAAACAAUCGACCAAUAUAGUCGAAACCCGGUUUAUUACAACAUUAUCACGACCUGCUCAGCACCUCGCCCCACUGACUUUGUACACAAGGACAAGCAACCAUGCUGUCGAACGCGAGGGAGCUCAGACCCAUGUCGACCCUGAUCUCCGUCUCGUCAAUUGCCGACCUGACCCUGGCUGGAGAUACAGAGGACGUAACAGGUAUGAAGGGUCGCAUCCGACUGACACGAGAAGAUGGUGUACGAGGAGGCCGUUGGAUGGACCAGUCUCGCAAACAAGUGCAAGCAUACGACUAUCUGUGCCAUAUCGGUGAAGCAAAAGAAUGGAUUGAGGCCUGUAUCAAUGAAGAAAUCGACGCAAUCACAACGCUGGAGGAGAGUCUUCGCAACGGUGUUGUCCUUGCCAAGCUCGCACGCUUCUUUGAUCCCCCAUCUGUAAAAAAGAUCUUUGAGCACCCUGUACUACAAUACAAACACUCUGACAACAUCAACUGUAUAUUCAAGGCCAUGCGAAAUAUUAAGCUACCAGAGAUCUUCAUCUUCGAGCUGACAGAUCUGUACGACAAAAAGAACAUCCCAAAGGUCAUCUACUGCAUCCAUGCCCUCAGUCACAUGCUCGCCAACAAGGGCAUGGCUCCCAACAUCAAGAACUUGGUCGGAGAACUUCAGUUCACGGACGCAGAAAUCCACGCCACACGCCAGGGACUGGACGCAGCUGGAAUCUCCUUGCCCAGUUUCGGAAACGUUGGAUCAGCACUCGCCAAGGAGCUGAAUGGACCCGAGAUGGCCAUUGCAGAGGUCAUUCCUGAAGAGGAAGAGGAGGAGGAGGAGGAGGAGCCAGAAACGCUACUCUCAAAUCAGGAGCUGCGUGAUUUAUUCUGGGCCAACAAUACGGACUCAAUCGUUCGCUGUCAACAGCUGUUCAGGGGUGCGCUGGAGCGCAAGCGGUUCUUGGAGCGACGCAAUCUUCACUACCAGAUGGAAGAGUUCCUGAUCAAGGUGCAGGCACAGAGCCGUGGAGAACUGGUGCGGCGGCGUUUUUGGCAUCGAGUACAACAACUUCGGGCGUUUGAACCGCAGGUCGUCACCAUUCAAGCGCACCUUCGUGGAUUCCUUCAGCGCAAAAAGUAUCAAGACCGACAGAAUUAUUACAAAGCCAAUGUCAAUACUAUCGUCAAGAUGCAGAGUCUCUUCCGAGCUAAGGCUGCGGGAGAGGCUUACAGAAGUCUGACCACGGGAGCGAGUCCACCAAUCACAACGCUCAAGACAUUCUUGCACCUCUUGAAUGACAGCGACUUUGAUUUCGAGGAAGAACUGGAGCUCGAGAACCUGCGUCAGCUGGUAGUCCGGAGGAUUCGUGAGAACACGCAGUCGGACGCGCAAUUGAACGAGCUGGAUAUCAAGAUUGCGCUUCUGGUGCAGAACCACAUCACACUGGACGAGGUCAUUAAGACGACCUCCUCCUUGACCAAGAAGAAGGCACAGCGCCGGUUGUCGAUGCCGGCCUCUGCGACCAAUAACCCGUACACGCUCAAGUCGCUGGAUCGUGAGAGUCGUGAUCGCCUGGUGCUGUACCAGCAGCUGUUCUAUUUGCUGCAGACUCAGCCCGCGUACUUUAGCAAGCUGUUCUUUAUGAUGUCCAAGACCGGCUUGUUCACGGAUCGCAUCAAGAAGCAGAUCGAGGGCGUCGUCUUGACCUUGUUUGGAUAUGCUCAGAACUCGCGUGAAGAAUACCUCUUGCUCAAGCUGUUCAAGCAAUCCAUUUUCGAGGAAGUUGGCGAGAUCUUGAAUGUGAACGACUUUAUGCGCGGUAACUUUAUGUUUGUCAAGAUGGUCAUGAUCUACGUCCGUGGUGCCAAGGAACGCAGAUACCUCCGCGACCUCUUGGGGCCCCUCGUUCGACAAGUUCUGGAGGAUGACUUUUUGGAUCUCGAGAGUGACCCUCUUAUGAUCUACAAAGCCAGCAUCAACAACGAAGAAUUGAGGACAGGACGUCCCUCGGAGCGCCCUCUCCACAUCGAUCAUACGGAAGCCCUGAACGACCCAGAGACCCGCACGACAUUCAUCCGUCAUUUGCAGGAGCUCCGUCUCAGGACUGAAAUGUUCUUGGAUGCCAUUUUGGAGAGCUUGCCCAGGAUGCCUUAUGGUAUUCGAUACAUUGCCAAGGAGGUCGGAGAUGCGCUCCGCUCAAAGUUCCCACAUGAGCCCGAGGAGAACAUCACCAAAGCUGUCGGCAACCUGAUCUACUACCGAUACCUCAACCCUGCUAUUGUUGCACCCGAGGGAUUCGAUGUUAUUGAAGGAGUGGUCAACCCGAUGCAGCGAAAGAACUUGGCUGAGAUCUCCAAAAUGCUGAAUCAGAUCUCUGUCGGCAAGCUGUUCUCGGACGACAAUGUGUAUCUCAAGCCCCUGAACGAGUACGUCGGUUAUGCUGGCGCCCGUUUCGCCAAGUACUUCAAGAGCGUUGUCGAGGUCGUGGAGCCUGAGAAGCAGUUCGAGGUCAACGAGUAUGUGGACCAGGUGAACACGAUCCGUCCAACGGUCUAUAUCUCGCCCUACGAGAUCUUCAACAUGCACGCGAUGCUGGCCAGUAGGAUCGACGUCCUGGCACCGGAGAUGGACGAUCCCUUGAGGGUCAUCCUUUCAGAGCUCGGAAACCCACCAUCGGGAUAUGAGGAGCACUCACAGGGUCAUGGAGAAGUGUGCCUGACACUCCAGAACCGGUUCACGGCGAACUUGGAUGAUCCAGACAUGGAUUUGAAGCACCUGUUUGUGGAGACGAAGCGAUAUAUCCUGGCGAUUAUUCGUAUCCAGUCCGGAAAGAACUUGAUGGAGAUCCUGGAGAGAAGGGUGACGAUCCAUGAGGAGCAAGCAUGGGAGGAGCUGAAGGCGACAGAGUUGAACAGACAACAACACCAUCAACGCCGGAUCAACAACGCGUCAGGAUCAUCGAUCGACGACCGUUUGAGGAACACGACGAACAACAUGAUGGCAGACAUGAACGCGAUGCGGUUCAUUGAGCUGAAGCAGCACGCGAUCGACGGAAUCCUGCAGCUCGAGUCGACGGGCAAGGUGACGCGCAAGAACGGGUAUCAGGAUAUGAUCAGCGCGAUCGCAGUCGAUAUCCGGACGAAGCACCGUCGACGGAUCCAGCGUGCGGCGGAGCUGAACCGGGUCAAGCAAACGCUGUCGAAUUUGAACGAGAAGAAGCUUUACCUCGAGAACCAGAUCAAAUCCUACCACGAUUACGUCGAGUCGUGCAUGACGAACAUCACGACGAAGAAGGGCAAGAAGCAGCGAUACGUGAUGCCGUUCACGAAGCAGUACUUCCAUAUCCGGAACCUGCAGCGACAUGGCAGGUUGCCCCAGUUUGGUUCGUUCAAGUACACGGCUCAGAAGCUGUUCGAGAAGGGUGUGCUCUUGAACCUCGAGGGCGUAUCACCAAAGCAGUAUUCACAGAUCUCGCUCACGAUCUCCUGUGAUGAGCCGGGUCUGUUCCAGAUCGAGGCCGAGGCAUCCAUCAUGAUGGUCCGCAUGCCGGUGACGAGUAUGGAAUUGCGACUCGAGGAUCUGUUGCAGUGCCAGUUCAAUAAUAUCCAGAUCAUGAGUCUCUUUGAUAAUAUGGCCAAGGUCAACGUCAAUCUGUUGCUCUUCCUCGUCAACAAGAAAUUCUAUGUCUAAAUAGAAAAAGUGUUCGACCAGCCCGGUCGAUAUACCGAUAAAUCCAAAAAAAAAAAAAAAAAAAAAAA